AUGGAUGUGAUUGCAAAUGAUAUAUCCAAGUUCAAUUUUAAUCCAAGAGUCAUAACUGAGGUACGGGCGGAGCAUAGGGGGAGGAGGACGCACUCUGUUGUGGAGAAAUCUCAUGAAAUUGUGGGUAGAGAUGAAAACAAAAGGGAAAUAAUAGACUUGUUGAUGCAAUCAAGUACUCAAGAAAAUAUGUCGAUUGUUGUGAUUGUAGGCAUGGGAGGCUUAGGCAAGACCACCCUUGCUCAGUUGGUCUGCAACGACCAGAGGGUGGUGAAAUAUUUUGAUCUUAAGAUGUGGGUGUGUGUUUCCAAUGAUUUCGAUGUAAAAAUACUGGUUAGCAAUAUCAUAAAGUCUGCAACUAAUAAGGAUGUGGAAAACUUGGAGUUGGAUCAGUUGCAAAAACUCCUUCAGCAGAACUUAGAUGGGAAGAGGUAUUUGCUUGUUUUAGAUGAUGUCUGGAACGAGGACCUAAAGAAAUGGGGUCAAUUGAUUACUUUGCUGCCUGCUGGAGCUAAUGGGAGUAAAAUCUUUGCGACCACUCGAAGCAUUGGAGUUGCAUCAGUUAUGGGAAUUAAUUCCCCAUAUGUUUUGGAAGCUAUAAAAGAAGACGAAUCUUGGGAUUUGUUCGAAAGUCUUGCAUUUAGAAAAGGAGAAGAGAAAGUGCAUUCAAACCUUGUAGCCAUAGGAAAAGACAUUUUAAAGAUGUGCAAAGGAGUUCCUCUUGUCAUUGAGACUUUGGGCAGAAUGUUGUACUUCAAAACUCGAGAAAGUCAAUGGUUGAGCAUUAAAAACAAUAAAAAUCUUAUGUUGCUUGGAAAUGAAAAUGAUAUUUUGUCGGUGUUGAAGUUAAGCUAUGACAAUCUACCGAUCCAUUUGAAACAAUGUUUUGCCUAUUGUGCAUUGUUUCCCAAAGAUUAUAGGAUCGAGAAAAAGUUGUUAGUACAAUUAUGGAUGGCACAAGGUUAUCUUCAAGCUUCUGAUGAGAACAAUGAUUUAGAGGAUGUUGGUGAUCAAUAUUUUGAGGAUUUAUUCUCAAGGUCAUUGUUUCAAGAGGCUGAAAAAGAUGCCUACAAUAAUGUAUUAAGUUGUAAAAUGCAUGACUUAAUUCAUGAUCUUGCACAAUCUAUCGUCAAGUCUGAGGUUAUUAUUUUAACAAAUUAUGUAGAGAAUAUUCCAAAAAGGAUUCAUCAUGUGUCAUUGUUUAAACGGUCCGUUCCUAUGCCUAAAGAUUUAAUGGUCAAACCCAUUAGGACCCUUUUUGUGCUCUCCAACCCUGGUUCUAAUCGAAUUGCAAGAGUUAUAUCAAGCUUCAAGUGUUUACGGGUAAUGAAGUUGAUAGGGUUAUUAUCACUUGAUGCUCUAACAUCUUUAGCCAAACUAAGCCAUCUAAGAUACCUCGAUCUUUCUUUUGGUUGUUUUGAAAUACUCCCAAGUGCUAUUACAAGAUUGAAGCAUUUACAGACAUUGAAACUUUUUCAUUGUCAGCAUCUUAAAGAACUGCCAGGAAAUAUGAAAAAAUUGAUCAACCUAAGGCAUCUUGAGAUUGAUAAAAAUAAUAGAUUGACUUAUAUGCCAUGUGGGUUGGGAGAAUUGACUAUGCUUCAAACCUUGCCAUUAUUCUUUGUAGGGAAUGAUUGUGAGGAAUCUAGGCAAAAGAGAAUUGGUAGGUUGAGUGAAUUGAAAUGCCUUGAUAGCCUCCGAGGAGAACUGAGAAUUGAAGGGCUUUCAGAUGUGAGGGGUAGUGCAUUAGAAGCUAAGGAAGCCAAUUUAGAAGGAAAACAGUACCUUCAAUGCUUGAGAUUAUAUUGGCUGGAACAAAAAGAUUCUUUGUGGGGCACAAGAACAGAAACUGCCGAGGAGAGUGAGGAGGGCUCAGAGGCUGUGUCAGUGAUGGAAAGUUUGCAACCACAUCUUAAUCUAAAGGAGCUCUUCAUAGCAAAUUACGAAGGUUUGAGAUUCCCAAAUUGGAUGAUGGAUGAUGGGUUAGGUUCGCUGCUCCCAAACCUAGUCAAAAUUGAAAUAUCGUCUUGUAACAGAAGCCAAGUCCUGCCACCUUUUGGUCAACUCCCUUCUCUUAAAUAUCUAGACAUUAUGCAGAUAGAUGAUGUGGGCUACAUGAGAGAUUAUCCUUCAUCAGCAACACCAUUCUUCCCAUCUCUGAAGACACUCCAACUUUAUUGGUUGCCUAGUUUAGAGGGAUGGGGAAGAAGGGACAUAUCAGUAGAGCAAGCUCCUUCUUUUCCUUGUCUUUCCAUAUUAAAGAUCAGUCAUUGCUCUAGCUUGAGAUCCUUGUCACUGCCUUCAUCUCCUUCUUGUCUUUCUCAAUUAGAAAUCAGAGAUUGCCCUGGUGUGACAUUCUUGCAGGUGCCUUCAUUUCCUUGCCUUAAGGAACUAUGGCUGGAUAACACCAGUACAGAGCUAUGCUUACAGUUGAUCUCUGUCUCUUCUUCAUUGAAGUCUCUGUAUAUCUCAGAAAUAGAUGAUCUGAUAUCCCUGCCAGAGGGGCUGCGACACCUCACUUCUCUCAAGUCUUUGAUAAUUGAUAAUUGUGAUAGUUUGCCCCAAGGAAUUCAGUAUCUCACUGUUCUUGAGACCUUGGAUAUUAUAAACUGCAGAGAGGUUAAUUUAUCAGAUGAUGAUGGCUUGCAAUUCCAAGGACUUAGAAGCUUGCGUCAUUUAUAUCUUGGAUGGAUACGAAAGUGGGUCUCUCUUCCAAAGGGGCUUCAACAUGUUUCCACCCUAGAAACUCUUGAACUUAAUCAAUUAUAUGAUUUGGCAACUUUACCCAACUGGAUAGCUAGCCUCACAUCACUUACAAUGCUUAGCCUAGAAGAAUGCCCCAAAUUAACAUCACUGCCAGAAGAGAUGCGAUCCCUCAACAAUCUACACACACUCAAAAUCUCCUACUGCCGAAACUUGGUUAAAAGAUGCAAAAAGGAAGCCGGUGAAGAUUGGCCUAGGAUUUCUCAUAUUCCUGAAAUUAUCAUUAGGGAGUGAUCAAGAGGAUGAUUGGCAUUGAGGAGCUGACAUGCCUGCUCUCUUUAAUUCAAUAGUGCUAUCCACACUAUGUUCCAGAUUUAUUCUAUAUCAGGCCAAUACCAAAGGAGUAAUGUUGAGGAUUGGCUGAAUGCUUUCUAAUAUUUCAGAAAUAAAUGUCGACAAGUUAUGAGUAACUGCUGCACAUGGAAAGAGGUAGCCAACCAAUGCUAUCUUUAGGCUUUACAUGUUGUCUAUAACAUGUCAGCAUUAUUCAGAGGGGAGAAAACAAGGAGAAUUAGUUGGACCCUUCUUCCCAUUCCUUCCAUGAUGGAGAAAACAUAUGGGAGCAGCAAGGAGCAUUGCCAGCAGAGAAACAGCAACGACCCUCAUUUCUGCCAUGAUUUCCUUCUCUCUAUUCUCCCUAAGCUGAUAUCCAAGCUACUACAUCUAUAUCUUAAGGAUCCUGAGUACUACCUUCUUCGUUUCCUUUCUCCUUCCUGCUUCCCAUUAUAGUCUGUGUAUUGAUGGCUUCAAAGGACCUAACAUCUCUUCCAGAAAAGAGUUUGUGGGAAUUUCGGCAAGUAAGAGAUUUUUUGGAUGAAGAUAGCAUCAAAUUCUGAGGACUUGAAAGGCUGUACCAAAUAAAUACUCAUCUAAUCCCAAGAUUUCAGCAGCUUUAUUCCAUUGGACAAUCUAAUACUUGGGACUUUGCUUAUUCUUCAAAUUUGGCAGACUAGAUUGGUACUUCACAUCACCAAGCUCAUUAUUUUUCGUUGCCUAACUUAAAAUCACUGCCAGAUGUCAAAAGGAAGCACAUGCAGAUUGGCCUAAUGACUUCUCAUGUCCAAAGAAUUCAUAACUACUAGUCACAAAUGGGCCCCUUCUCUCGUUUUAAUUCAAGUGUACAAUCCACAAGUUAUUUCAGGAGGAAUCAUGUCGUCCACUAUUGGAGGAACAAUUUUCUAGAAUGAAAUAUUGCUGUAGUGCAAAUUCCAUUUUGGGUCUCUAUAUCUAACUCAAGGAGGUUGGACUUGGAUCAGAAGAAUUAUUCUUUGGCUACUGAAGACUGCAGUUUCAUAAACAGCUCACCUGCCUAAGGAGAAUCCACAGUUUUAGACCCAAUAGGAGAAUCAGCUGAAAGAAGAUUAGAGGCAUUGGCAUCAAAGAAGCAAGGGCUUCUAUGAAAUACGACAGACUCAUCAAUGGAAAAAUAAUGGAGUUGUAUGUUUGGCCUCAAAUCAGGAAGCAGAUCGUUUUGACAAGGUAUAGAUGGCCAUUAUAACAUAUGAUGAUCAAGAGAUUAUUCAAGUCCUAAAAUAGUGGGAGAAGCCAAUCGGAGAUGAUUGAUAGACUUUCAAGACACUAGAAAGUUAUGUUGUAGGUAUUUUUAUAGUACCAUGUUACAUGUUAUUGUAGGAAUUAUCAUUCUGAAACCAACUCAAAUCUUUGUCUCUAGUUGAAUUAUAGAUGUGGAUCAAGUUUAAUCAAACCUGCCAAACAUUUAUUCACCUUAUCCUAACAAUUCAUCAUGGUACUGUAAGGAUUUGAUAUUUGGGGCACUGCUCAUUCCUCAAAUUUGGCAGAGUAGAAUAGCAGUUCACAUUUCGAUGCUCAGAUUGAAAUCACUGCUAGAGGAAUGUGAAAAGGAAGCAGGUGCAUAAUGGCCUAAUAGCUUAUCAUGUCCCAGGAAUUCAUAUCUAUGGAUCUCAAAUGGCUAAAGCACAGGGAACCUGUAGCUUCUCUUUUCUCAACUCGAGUCUACUAUCCGCAAUUUAUUUCAGGAGGAAUUAUAUCAUCUACUGUUGGAGAAACGAAGUUUCCAGAAUGCAAUAUUCCUUGUGUAAAAUUGUCUCUGGAGUUUCUUUGUCAUUGCAUUGUAAGAUCAUCUCAUCUCCAAACUUAAUCCAUUGUUGGAAGACACUGAAAGCAGAUCAUCAAGGAAAGAAUCUGUUCAGAUUCUUUCAGAAUGCCACAAACUGUACUGUGAAUAGAGGUUACCCCAGAGCCAAGCUUUCUUAAACACACAGGGCGAAUAGAGUCCUACAUUGCCAUUGACCAAGAAGUGUUGAAUGCAUACUAAAGACUAUGCAGAUUGAAAAGGAUUUUUCUAUCCUUGGAGGCCUCUCAUGGUCAUGUCUUGGCAUUUUUAGACAAUCUCUGCCCUACUACUUCAUCCAAUGGCACCAAAGUUGUGGGAGAUAAAGAUGCUGCAACAGUCUUCAAUUUCAAACAGAACUCCAUGGAGCUGAUAGGUCUUGGCUGCAGCCAAAGAUCCAACUUCUUGUUGUGGCAACCUCCUAUGACAUCGGUGAGACUCAUCAACGGAAAAAUAAUUGAGCUUCUAUGUUUGGCCUCAAAGAAUGAAGCAUCCAUCUUUUUGACAAGGUCUAGCCUGCAGAUGGCUGUUGUGACAUAUAGUCAAGACAUUAUUCAUGGUCUAAAACAAUGGGAGAAGCCAAUCCGAGACGAUUGAUCUAUACUUUCAAGAUGCUGCAAAGGAAUAAAUGUUGUGCGGAUCAAGUUUAGUCAAACUCUUGGGGAUGAUUCUUACUAGAAGAUAACCUCAUAUUCCAUAACCUCGUCAAGCAUCACUGAUUAAGAGAGGAAGAAUCUAUCCAAAAUUCUCCUUGAUCUCCAUUUCUGACUCUAUUUGAAGCUUAAGCUAAGUCUCGAGGAACCACUGGGAUUGCUUAUUUAUGACAAAUUGUUGCUCAAACGUUUGUUGCCCAUUUUUGUAAUUAAGAUUUAGCUACCUACACUCCCAACACCAAAAUUCAUUUAGCUGCGUUUACCAUUUA